AUGGAUUCGAGUUCGGGGCACCAAGAAUUCGAUUAUUUGUUCAAACUAUUGAUGAUUGGGGAUUCUGGUGUUGGCAAAAGUAGUCUUCUUCUCAGAUUCACCUCCGAUGAUUUUGACGAUCUCUCCCCCACCAUUGGUGUUGAUUUUAAGGUCAAAUAUCUCACCGUGGAGGGUAAAAAACUCAAGCUUGCAAUUUGGGAUACUGCUGGUCAGGAGAGAUUUAGAACACUCACUAGCUCUUACUACAGAGGGGCGCAAGGAAUCAUUAUGGUUUAUGACGUAACCCGGCGAGAAACAUUUACAGAUCUAUCUGAAGUAUGGGCAAAGGAAAUAGAACUUUAUUCGACAAAUCAAGACUGCAUGAAGAUGCUUGUUGGAAACAAAGUAGAUAAGGAGGAGGAUAGAGUCGUGACAAAGAAAGAAGGAAUAGACUUUGCUAGGGAAUAUGGUUGCUUAUUUAUCGAAUGCAGUGCUAAAACUCGAGUAAACGUGCAGCAAUGCUUUGAAGAGCUUGUUUUGAAGAUUCUUGAUACACCUAGCCUCUUAGCCCAGGGAUCUAAGGGGCUAAAAAAGAACAUUUUUAAAGACAACCUACCCAAGUCUGAUGCAUCCACAAGUGGCUGUUGCUGA